GUCGAAUACAGCAAGAAGUCCAAGCUGGAAUUCUCGGUGUAUCCGGCCCCUCAGGUCUCCACUGCUGUGGUGGAGCCGUACAAUUCCAUCCUGACCACUCACACCACCCUGGAGCACUCGGACUGUUCCUUCAUGGUGGACAACGAAGCCAUCUACGACAUUUGCACCCGAAACCUGGACAUCGAACGCCCAACCUACACGAACCUCAACCGGCUGAUCGGGCAGAUCGUCUCCUCCGUCACGGCUUCGCUGAGAUUCAACGGGGCCCUGAAUGUCGACCUGAUCGAAUUCCAGACCAACCUGGUGCCGUACCCCCGCAUCCACUUCCCCUUGACCACCUACGCCCCCAUCAUCUCGGCCGAGAAAGCCUACCACGAGCAGCUCUCGGUGCCGGAGAUCACCAAUGCCUGCUUUGAGUUCUCCAACCAGAUGGUGAAGUGCGACCCGCGGCGGGGGAAAUACAUGGCGUGUUGCCUCUUGUACCGGGGAGACGUGGUGCCGAAGGACGUCAACGCGGCCAUCGCGGCGAUCAAAACCCGGCGGUCCAUCCAGUUUGUCGACUGGUGCCCGACUGGCUUCAAAGUGGGCAUCAACUACCAGCCGCCCACCGUGGUGCCCGGGGGAGACCUGGCUAAGGUCCAGAGGGCCGUCUGCAUGCUCAGCAACACCACGGCGAUCGCGGAGGCCUGGGCCCGUCUGGACCACAAGUUCGACCUCAUGUACGCCAAGCGGGCUUUCGUCCACUGGUACGUGGGCGAGGGCAUGGAGGAAGGGGAGUUCGCGGAAGCCCGAGAAGACCUGGCGGCGUUGGAGAAGGAUUACGAAGAAGUCGGGCGCGAUUAUGCCGACGGGGAGGAAGAGGAGGCAGAGGAAGAUUUCUAGAACCCCCAAAUUUGGGCUUAACCAAGAGAAUUACCACUCCGCCGAAAAUAUCCCCUCAGUUAGCAUCGGGAUUCUCCCGCCGUGUUUUUGUAUGUUUAAAUUUACGAUUUUAAAUCUUCUCUUCUUCAAGGACUAUAGAACACGUUGUACUUGGCUAGAAAUCACCCCCCUCUGUAUCCUUUUUAAAAAAAAUAUUCUUCCUAGCUAGAGUGAUAAAAAUAAAAAAUAAAAUUAACGCUCGAGUGAGGAUUGGGGAAUUUUCAGGAUUGACAAAAGGCAUUACGUACGGCUGUUGUAAAUCGUUUUCUGCACUGCUUGAACAAUCGUGUGAGGGGGGGAAUUCCCCCGAUAUUAUUAUGAGAUGCAUUAAUCCGCUUCUUUGUACUUCAUUAAAAAGUUGAAAUAGCAA